AUGAGUGCAGCAUCCGAUGCAGCACUUGGUUCUACGUUAUUUGGGGGGAUGAUUGCAAGCGCGAUGUACGGCGUGUUGAUAUGCCAGACGGCAUGGUACUACAGAGCCUUUCCUAAGGACCCCGCAUAUCUGAAAAUAUUGAUUGCGGUUUUAUGUGUCUCAGAAACUGUCGGCCUUGUGCUUGAUUAUAGGUCGCUAUGGUACUAUUUCAUUCAGCGGGGAAUCGGCGUCGACUUUAUGACCUUGAUCACUUGCAAUUACUGGGCUGCCGCGGCCUUUUUCAUUCCAACCGAAUUGACCUGCUUCCUCACCGAAAUCCUCUUCAUCAAGCGGAUGUGGUCUUGUAAAUUCACAUUUUCUUUUCAAAUUCAUAGCCCAUCUCAUCUUUGGAAUGUAGUGUCGAAGCAGAGGUAUUUCAAGAUUGGCUUUGUAGUGUUGGCUCCUUUUUUUGUUGGCUGGGGUUUUACUAUCAACUUUGUUCAGAAUGCGCAAAGAUAUUACUGCUUCCCGGAGCGAAAAGCCAGCAACUUUUCCCUUCUCAUGUCCUUUGGGCUGAGGAUUCUUUCGAGCGGCGUGGUAACUGGCACCAUGUGCCUUUUGUUAUAUCAGCAGGCUUCCCCCUUGACUACAAGUCGCAUGAUUCAAACUCAGAGGAUCAUAAGCAUCGUGAAAUCUCUCAUCAUAGGUUCGUUGUCGACAGGGUUAUUAAUGUGGCUCACUGCACUCGCAUUUAUGAUAAGCGUCAGUUCAGCUCUUCACCCAUUUGGGGAUGAUCCUAAGAUAUUCGUUGCUUCUAGUACGUUGUGA